AUGUACACAACGCAGCGUUACCUCGCGCUCUUAUGGGCAACAGGCGCCUACGCACUCUUUCCGGAUUGCAUCAACGGCCCGUUGAAGAACGAGACAAUAUGCAACGCCGCAGCAUCCCCACUCGACCGCGCCAGGUCGCUGGUCGCACUCUAUACGCUCGAAGAGAAGAUUAAUGCUACCUCGAGCAGCUCACCCGGUGUCUCACGUCUAGGCAUCCCACCAUAUCAAUGGUGGAGCGAAGGACUGCAUGGUAUCGCAGGGCCAUACACCAACUUCAGCGACCAAGGCGAAUACAGCUACUCAACCUCAUUUCCCCAACCUAUUCUCAUGGGCGCUGCAUUCGAUGACGCUCUCAUCACCGAGGUCAGCGUGUCCAACCGUACGUAG